UUGUUAUUAUUGAUAUAACACUUGUUCCUAUAAGAAUUAACUAUAUAUAUAUUCAACAUUCACCAAUCAUUGCCAGUUGUUAAGGUUUUGUAUAAGCUAUAUGAAACUGAAUUAAUUUAAUAUUUUAAAUUCGUAAUUGAAUAAAAUUACAUUAUCGAAAUGAUACAAUUCGGCAUUUACAUCUUAAGCAUGAUUGCAUUUUUUUCUAAUGCUGAUGAUCCUUACGUACGACCAAUUGAUAAAUCCACCUGUCCACUUCUUGAAUCAGUAGUGUUUACAAUAGCCAAAAACACUAAUGCAGAUUAUGUCGAAUAUCGUUUGUAUACUAAAUUAAAUCCAGAAAAUUAUCAAAUAAUUAAUAAUGAAACAGAUAUUCAUCAAACGAAUUAUAAUCCAAAUCAUAAAACAAUUUUUCUUGUUCAUGGAUAUCGUUCGUCUCCUGAUAGUUACUGGGGUUUGUAUAUGAAAUCAGGUUUCCUUCAAAAAUAUGACUAUAAUGUUAUAAUAGUUGACUGGAAAUACGGCGCUAACCAAUUUUAUGCUCCAUAUGCAAUAGCUCAUGCUUAUGCCACCGGGAAAGAAAUUGCGAAGACGAUCAAUCUCCUUGUUAGAGAAACAAAUACAUCUUUAAAUCGCUUUCACUUAAUUGGUUUCAGUUUAGGAGGCCAAGUGGUAGCAUUCGCCGGAAAAAACUUGAAUAAAGUGGGCAGAAUCACGUCGUUGGAUCCUGCUGGUCCAUGUUUUAUUUUCUUUUCUCCGGAACAUCGGAUUCAUCAUACAGAUGCUGAUUUCGUUGAUGUAAUAGUAACAAACGCAGGAGGUUACAGUCUUGCUAGACCUGUUGGUCAUGUUUAUUUUUAUGUCAAUGGAGGAAGAGCACAAAAGUCUUGUGCAGAUGACAUUCUUUCACAAAUUGAAAAUAGAAAACAUAAUGAAUUGGUUUUAGAUGGCUGUAGUCACAAUACAGCUCCACAAUAUUUUACUGAAUCCAUAUUGGCAGAGCAAUGUUUGAUGAUUGGCCACAAGUGUGAUGAUUAUUAUUCUUUUAUGAGUGGAGACUGUGCAGACUGUGGAGAAGAUGGCAAAAAAUGUGCAAUUAUGGGAAUAAAUGCAGAUGAAUACAUUCCAAGAAUGGAAAACAAUACUCAAGAGUUUUAUCUAGAAACAAAUUUUGAUUAUCCUUCUUGUUUGUUUCAUUAUCAAGUGACAGUGAAAACAUCAAACAAUGAAAACAUAACUCAACAUGGAAAAUUAACAUUAUUAUUUGAAGGCCAAGAUCACAACAUUUUAAAACAUCUUGACAAAUAUUUUGAAUUAUUUGAACCUGGUGGCCGUUACACUUACUUAAUAACCAAUUCUUUUGAUAUCGACCUUUCAGCUUCUGUAAGAUUUAAAUGGUUUAGAAUAAGAUCAGAAUUCAGUAAUAAUACAAAUUUAUUUGUGGAUUGUAUAAAAGUAGUGAAAAUGAAUAAUUUAUUAAGAAAUCGAAGCAAUGUUACUUCAUGGUUUAGAGGAGAAAAUAUUCCAAUACCUCCUGGUAGAGAGAUUAUAUUUCAUAGAAGUAACAUAGAUUGCUAAUAAUAAUUAUGAUUUUGCAAUUUGAUUAUUCAAUUGAUUAUCACA